AUGAGGCAAGUCCAAUUUUACGACGAAGAUGAGGAGUACGGCCUUCCGGAGGGAGAGGUGAAACAAGCUUGGCUCGUUACCUCGCAGCGUGCAGCAAAAGCCAAGCCAACAGAUGAGAUCCCUCUCGACGAUCUGCACCACCUGCGUAAGACCACCGUUGCGAUCCAGUCGGCAAAGACGAGAAUCGAUCGAGAGGAACCGAGGACAGCAUCGAGAUGGCGAGGGAGGAACUUCUUCACAAUAGCUCGCAAACAUGCUGAGAGAGAAGUCUUGAGCACAGCCAAGCAAAACCUGAGGAUCGCGAAGAAGCGAGCUCAAACUUCCUUCACCUUGUCGGAGAGAAAGAAGAAUGAGCAGGACUACGUGACUCACCCGAGCCUGCUGCAGCGGAGGCUGGGGAGGUCAGCCACCAAGGAGAUUCAAGAGUGGAGGCCGCGGGAAGGGAAGGUGGGGUUGACCAUUCGAGAGAUCCAUGACACGUCCACCUGGAGCCUGAAGCCGCCAUGGGUGAAGAGAAUUUCUCAGGACAAGCUGCUCCGCAGGGGAGCAGUGCGGCCGGAAAAGGCGACCGUGCCAGCCAUGAAGUUUGGGAACAAGGACGUGUCCAAGGUAGUGAGAUCAGAGAAACUGUGGGUGUUUGGCGCGGACCUGGAUCUUGAUCUCAGCCUGGGCCUCGAAGCUACACCUCGUGGAGUGCUGCUGGGGGUGAAGGGGGUGAAGAGAGAUGACCUGAUGACCAGCGGACACACGAUCCCCCACUCGGUGAUGGUGAGAAGCAGAGAAAAUGCGCAUCGACCAAGCAGAAACCGGACGUCUUUCAGGGCGAGGAGGGCGAGGAGCUUGUCUCCUUUCUCAGUGAAGAAGAAAAUGGCAGCAGGGCGGAGCCGAUCGAUUUCUCCGACCUCGUCCAAGAGUGCGGACGAGCGCAGGAGGCAAACAUUGACAGUCAUCAAAGAGAAAAUCCUGGACACGAUCGUUUCCUUUGACCUCUGGAGCGAGGAAGGAGUUCUGAUGGCAAUGGAGGAUGCACUCCUUGCCCAUCCGCAGGUCGAGCAUAGUGUCCUCCUGGAGGAACUACGGCAGCUGGGACGCGAGCUGGGUGUGGAUACAGGAAGGCUGGAGCAAGUCAACGAUGACCAGUCGAGCACGGGGAUCCAUGUGGAUGUCAAGAGAUCUUUGAAGAGCAACAAGAGUGCUUUCGAGUCAUCCUCGUCCUCAUCAGACUCAGACACAGACGAGUCUGAUCAGGAGAGUCAAGGAGGAGUGUGGUCUCGCUUCCGUUCCCGAGCACUGAAGAUUUCGACGGAGGAGGAAGACGUCGAGGGCGAAGUUGAGGAGGAGGAGAUUGUGCUGGGUGAUAGCUCGCAGCUGUCGCUGGAUGAAAAAGUGAGGUCGGUAGCAAGGGGUCUGAAGGAGAAAAAGGUUCACUUCUUCGACGAGCGAGCAGACCAGGAAAUGAAGAAGGGUGCAGGAAACAAUGUGACUGAGUUGAAGGAGUGGGACGAUAUGGAGGACGAGGAGAGAAUGAGGCUCUGCAUCUCCGACCUGGAGGAGCUGAGUCAGAGGAGAAGGGUCGAGCAAUUCUCCCGUCUCUUCCAGUACGCGUCUGCCAUCCGAAGGAUCUACGGCUCUGUGGUGAAGCAGGAGGAGACUUGGGGGCCCUGGGGACCGGAGUGGUUGGGGGUUGUGGAUGAGCACAGCUGCAGUGCGAUCGGGCAAGAGUGGAGGGGGAUGGAACUGGACGAAAGGAUGCGGUGCUGCAUGUCAGGGUUGAGGAGCAGGACGUGCGUGGAAUGGGCGAUCAGCGAACAUGAUGAAAGGGUUGCGAACGCGAUCGACGCCAGCAUGCUCGUCGAAGACAAAGAGGAAGAGAUGGAGGCGUCGAAUCGGAGAGAGCUCAAGUGGUUCGGGGAUGCGCAGAGAGACAGGGACAAGGAGGCGGAGAGGAUACAGCGUGUGAAGGCAUUUGCUACGGGGAAGGAACUUGAGGCUCGGGCGGGGAAGGCGAUGAAGUGGUAUAGGAGGAAGAAGCAGGAGCUGAUUGAGAUGAUCCGCGAUCAUGAGAAGAAAAUGCCCAGAGACGUCGGGCAGACGUUGACCCUCCGUCCUGGAAAGAAUGGCGGGCAUAUUAAUCAGGUGCUGGCUCGGCAGAACGUUCAGUUCCGUCCCAAUCCCUUCACGUACUCGGAUCCUGGAAUCGCGUGGAAGUUUCAAGUUCAGCAAGAUAGAAUUGUCAAACAGGAACUCCAUGUCUAUGACGGGCAACAACGAAUUUCUUCACAGGCGGAUGCUCUCUCUCUCCAAAAAGGACUUCCCUCCAGCACCGUGGUGGAGCUCCCGGGAACAGAUCGGAAGGCAAUCAGGCUGAUGAAACAGAGAGUGGAGAAGGACGAAUCGCUUAGUCUUCCGCUGCGGGAGUUGAGCCAAGAGAUUCAACAGCGAAGUGACCAGGCAGAAAGGAAGCAGCUGGUGAAGAAGAAGCCCGAUCGUAAGGGGAUGGACAGAAGCGAGAGGCUUUACCUCGACAGCUUCGUCCACACCGCAAACUGGAAGACUCCAGCUGGGGGAAGUCACUUCCGCAACGGAGACUCUGCGUACAAGCUGUGGAACAAGCCGACUGGACAUCCGGCACCUUCGCUGCAUGGCGGGGCAAUGCAUGAAAGUAUCCUUGCUUCAAACCUUCGGAUCAAAGCGAGGCAACAGCAGCAGAUACCUGGCGAUUACGAGAUCAUUGUCUUGAGAAUUCUGGGAUUCCCAGAAGGCUCGAAGAAGAAACUCUUCAAACACUUCAGCAAGAGCAUCGGCAAUCACAAGGCGCUCAGUGCAGCAUGGCUCAAGUUCAGUUUCAAGAGAUACGGUGCUGUGCACCUCAGCGUCCCGAGGGAUACGGCCGGAGGAUGGGUGAUGAAUGAGGGCAUAUGUGUGUCGUUCAUCACUAAGGAGGAUGCGCUGAAGGCGGUCAAUGCGCUGCAGGAGGGAGAAACGCACGUGCUACCUGAGAUCAGCAACUUCGACUUGGAGCUCGAGCUCCGAUCUGGCCAGGAGGGCGAUGCUCAACAUCAACUGCCAGCCUAA